UGUUUGGACUUUCCCAUGGUGGAUGCUACAGGACAGGAUGAAAACAAACCCUGUCACCACACAGCACGGAGACAGGAACACGGAUAAAGUUGUCUAUAUGAUAAAUAUCAGGCGGCGUCAGACUGCACUGCAUACGCGCCGUGGCGGAGAGCGAAGAUGGCGGAGAAUAAUGUUGAACCAGAGCACGAAUGGAGCGACCGGGCCCUGGACACGGCCGAGGACACUCUGGUUGCAAUGGAAACCCUGCUGGCCACACUUAGAGCCUUUGAAGACGUGCUCAGGCAACAAGAAAUAUCCAUUGCAUCCUCCACGGAGUACUGCGACAACUUCUGUCAGGCGCUGAUGCACUAUGCUGGGAGCAGGAACUCCAUGGAGCAUGGUCUGCCUCUUCUCGAGGUAUACUGUCUGUCCAUAAACUGUUUCGCUGCAGCUCGAUCUCACCUCACUGCAGAGUCCGACAGAGUGGCCCUUGUUUUGAAGAGACUAGCAUUGAGCUGUUUUGAAUUGCUGCUGUCAGUGCCUGAGAAUGAAAUCCCAUAUGAAGCCUGGGUUCAAUUUCACCACUCUGUUCAGCUUGCCCAUGAUACAUUGUUACAGUAUGGCAGCACAGACCUCCAAGCUUUACUCCAGAUCACAGGAGAGGGAGGAGCGUGGAGCAACCAUGUUCUUACCUCCCUCCUCACAGGCCAGCCCACCAACACAGAAGAAGUUGACGAGUACAUCACCUUGGAAGGCGAGGGCUUCAUGGAGAUGCGGGUGAAGCACCUGGAGAAGAUGGGGGAAGUGGCCAAAGCGGUGGUGCUGGCCAAAGCUUGCACUGAAUGCAGCUCCAUCUCCAACCAAGCUACCUUUCGACAAACUUAUGUCUCCCUGCUUUGUCACCUGCUUCCCAAUGAAGAAGCCAUAAUGGAGAUCUCCAGACUUGACUGUAAGGAUGUGCUGGAGAUCACAUGUAACCUAGAGACUGAGGGGGAGGAGAACACAGCCUUUAUCUUGUGCACAACUUUCCUGACACAGCAGCUUCAGCAGCAGAGCCUUUACUGCUCCUGGGAGUUGACUCUGUUGUGGAGUAAGCUUCAGAGGAGGAUCGACCCCUCGUUGAUGUCUCUUCUGGAAAGAUGCCUUCAGCUAGGUGCCAUUGCCAAAACAGUCUACCAUUUACUUUCCCUAGUCCGUGUCAUUCAGACAGAGGCGGAGGAAAUUGGGGUGCCUGCUUCAGUAGAACUUUGUGUAAAAGCUCUUCAACUUCCAAAGCAGGAUGACUCAGAAACAAGGGUCUCUGUCUGUAAGACAGUGUCCUGCCUUCUUCCAGAUGACCUUGAAGUGUUGCGUGCCUGUCAGCUCACAGAGUUCCUGCUUGGCCCCAGCCAGGAAGUCUUUGGGUGCCUUGAAGAGCUAUACUUACGCCCAGACCAAAAGUACGACCAGGAAAACGAGGUUAUUCCCAACUCACUGCGCUGCGAGUUGCUACUAGCACUGAAAGCCUAUUGGCCUUUUGACCCAGAGUUCUGGGACUGGAAAACUCUUAAGUAUCACUGCACCUCCCUUCUAGGGUUGAUGCCAGAGUCAGAAGGAGAGGAGGAGGAGGCGGUAGACAAACAAGAGAAGGGUAAACAACCUGAACCAAAGGGAAUCCCAGUGAAAGUAGAAUCUGAGCAUCAACGGAUAAAUGGGAGUCUUGAUGGUCAUGAGCAGCAGGAUGAAAAGCAGUCUUCUAACUUACCAGAAAGCCAAGGAGAGUCAGAGACAAAGAAACACAAGCUGUGCUGUCAGAUUUGUAAGAGAUCAGUCACUGACACCCAGAUAGUUCACCACUCCAAAAGACAUGCAGAAGACAAAUGCCACCCCUGCCCUAUGUGCUUGGAAAAGUUUAAGAGCAGAAAGGAUCUUGUCCCUCACAUAAAACAACACAUUCAGAGUGAAACAUAUCUUGAGAAAAACAAUGUAAAGACAGAGGACAUGCAGAAACAUAUGGAGGAGGAUGAUGAUAUUGAACCAGGAGAGAUCACCAUUGACCCUUCCUUAAUGCUGUAUUACAAAUCCACACAUGAUCCAGACGUGCUGGACCACAUUGUUCAACAAGCCAAAACCGUGAAAGAGAAGCAUGUGGACGAUGACGAGCAUGUAACAUUUGAGUACAUUGAACAACACUUCAAGCUGCAGAACCGGGACGAGUAUCAGUGUCCAGGAACCGGGUGUACUCGGAUAUUUAAACAUUCCAAGUACUUGUAUGUCCAUUUAAAGUCUGAGCACAAAGGUGAUGAAAAUGUGAAAUAUUUUCAUCAGAUGAGAGACAAGCGAGAGAAGUGUGUUUUUUGUAGACGCCAUUUUGUCUCUGCUUACCAUCAUCGAAAACAUCGAAGAGUUCAUUAUGGUGAUCGGCCUUACGCAUGUGCAGUUAUAGGUUGUGGCGCUCAGUUUAGUACCUCCAAUGAACUUGUCUCACACAAACAGACCCAUGGCUAUCAGCUCAACUACCAGUGUGAGCUUAAAGGCUGCUACAUCACUUACUCUGACUUGGGACAAAUCUAUCACCAUGAAGCACAGCAUUUCAGAGAUGCAGCAUUUACUUGCUCUAGCGCUGAAUGUAGAAAAUACUACUUAUCCAAAAAGGAAUUCAUAAAGCAUUUAUCCACACACAACAUCACCUUCUCAGAGGAAGACUUUGAGGCACAGAGGAAGGCAAAACGGAAACUUCUUAAGGCUGUUCCUGAAGUGACAACCCACCAGAAUAAGUCAGUUGAUAAUGAAGAGAUUGUAAAUGAAGAUGUUGUAAACUCUGCCUCAGUAAGUUGUGCCUCCUCUUUAGAAAUAUCCGAUACCAAGGAGCCCAAAGCAACUAUGACCUUGGUGGCUGUGUGUUUUGAUGGAAGUAAGUUCACCUGUGGUUUUGAGAAGUGUGGCAUGACUUUCUCCAGAGCCAGAGAUGUCCAGCGCCAUCUGAAAUGUGCGCACCCAGAACACCUUAAACUGGAGAACAAAGAGCAUAAGCAUGACAAAGAGCGAGGCUCAAAGUCCAAAGGGAUAAAGCCUGAACCUGAGCCAGACAAUGAGGACAAGGGAAACGGUGAGCUCUCAACUCCCUCUCAACCCACGAAGUCUGGCAAAGAAAGAAAAGCAUCCACUCAACCCAAAAACAGUGACACAGACUCGUCAAGUCUUCAAACAAAAAAUGAUGCUCUCAGAGAAAUUCUGAUUGGGCUCAGUAAACUGGACCUGAAUUCUUCAUCACCUCACAGUGUGUCAAGUGAGGCCCCACAGCCCCCCUCAGAGCCCAAUGCAUCACAAGUAUCUCUUCAUGAGGCAAUCAUGGCCAAGCCCCCUGUCGUAAUGCUUCAUAAGAGAACUCCACAUCUGCCUGAAGAAAUGGUUAAAACUGAAGAAGCAGCAUCAACAGCCGAUGACGAAGGCAAUGGUGAAUCAUUAGCCACGGCAAAGCCAUACACAUGUGGGAUGAAAGGGUGUGGCUUUCGGACUGCUCAGAGUUACAGCUUACUGCGACACUAUAACACCAAACAUGGGCAUACUGUUGAACAGGCCAAAAGGUUAACUUCUUUGAAAACAACAUCUUUUAAGCCUUACGUCUGCCACCUUUGUUCCAAGAGUCACAGAGAAAAACAUGUGUUGAGGGCCCACUAUAUCCAAGUACAUAACAUGAGUGAGACUUUGGUGGAUAAAAUAAGCUAUGCAUCUAUACGAUACGAGGGCAGCAUAGACCCUUCAAAUCAUACAUCUCAGCACUCAACGAACCAUGAUCUCAAAGUGAGGAAGACAGAAAUCCCUGAGUUGCAAAGCCAACUCGAGAAAACACACUCAACAGAGGAUGCUGAAAAUGCACAAAACUUUGACAAUCAUUCUCCAUCUGAAGAGGAUGGAGAGGAUGAACCAGAGAGUAGAGAGGAAGACGGUGAGCAGAAGGGAGAAGGCGAGGAUGCGGCCACACAGCAGGUCAGAACUACAAGGCGCCUGGUAGCCAAAUCUAAUCUCUGCUACAUAUUAGAUAAAUUCAGUAAACCCUUUCAUUGUGUAGCAAAAAACUGUGAUGCAGCAUUUUCCACACAGGGAGGUCUUGUGCGUCACCUACAGUUGGUACAUCAUUACAAUCGCUCUCAGCUCUUGUUGGAAAAAGACUUUGAUGCAUCUCACAGUCCAGAAGUCAGGAAAGAGCCAGCCAAAAAAAGGCCUCUUCCAAACUCUGAUGAACCUCAGCCCCAAUACAAAUGUCACUUUGCCAACUGUAGCGCUUCCUACCACCUUAAGAGCAGCCUAGUACGUCACACUCGUGAUUUCCACUCACAACCACCAGAGCUGAUAGGGUGCAAGUAUGAGGGCUGUACCAGAGUGUUCAGCCAUGAUGAUGCACUUAAAAAACAUACACUUUAUAGUCACUGUGAGUACUACGAUUCAUUGGUGGUUCGUCUACAGAGCACUCACAAAAAGUCAAUUACUGGAUGCCAAAAGAAGCUCAUUGUUGCACCGCAGAGUCCUCAGAAAGAAGAGCCUGCAUCAACCACCUCACAGGCUGAAAUAUCGAGUCCGAGCCCCGUCGAGUCAGAGCCUGAAGUGGCCACCCAGCCAGAGGAAAUAAUUAAGGAGGCUGUUGAGGAGAAGACAUUGCCAAGAGAAAGUAAACCCAGGAGGAAUUGUUUCAGCCGCUUUGUCUUCCGAUCACAUGAAGAAGCACUGCAGAUGUGCCAGGACCGCUGUUUGCGUGUGGCCUACCCAUGCAUGGUUCAGGACUGUGAUUCUGUCGUCACUUACAUGGGAAGCCUGCACCGGCACUAUCUGAAGGUACACCACAUGCGUCGAGAUGAUCUUGUUAAGAAUGACGAUAUGCUUGUUUUUACUGCUGAGCAGCUCGAAGAACUGAUUCAGAGGAAGUCGGCCACACCAACAGUAGUGGAAGUUGCAGAAGCAUGUGUCCCUAAUGGGGUUCACAAAAUGGAGUAUCAGGCAGAGCCAGAAAACACAGAGGGGCAGCCUGCACCCAUGAGCUUACACUCAAUAAAGACAGAGGCACAGGAGGAGGAUAAACAUGAUUCACUGGGAUUCCCAGAGGAGGAAGUGGAGCAGCCACCACCACCUGUUGAAAGAAACGGCGUCCUUGUUGGUGCAGACGAGGUGCUUUAUGGUGAACCGAGCACCGGCGGGCAGACUGAGGAGUCUGCUGCAGCACCAACACCUAACACUCAGAAACAGGAGGAAAGAUUAAGCUGGGAUAAAAUCAAACCUCUUCUUCGUCCUGUCACUGUUGACCUCUCACCACCAUGCUCACUGCGCUUUUCUACUGAGGAGGGCUUCCAAGAUGUUUCAGGCACCAGGGAUGGUGGUAAAAUGGUGAACGGGUCAGCUCCCUCUCCUCCCGUUCGCCAGCCACUAAAACGGAAAAAUGAACUGUCCGAACAGCCGUCAAACUUGAAAGAUAGUAAGUCUCGUAGCCCUUCUCCACGGCCUUUUGACAUUGCUGCCUAUAAGCCUAUCGGCUUUGAGUCCUCAUUCCUGAGGUUCAUACAAGAGACAACCCCGAAAGAAAAAAACACAGCGCCGGUGAAACGGCGAGACUCUUUCAGGCGCAGUUGUUCUGUUAAGGAAAACAACCAGCUGGGAAUCACUCACACCCGCAGCAGACGCACUCAUUCCCCAAUGCUGAAGCCCCACGCGAUGACUGGAGAUUUCACAUCAGUCCAAAACUUGAAGUCCAUCUUGGACAAAGCCCUGGCUGGGUGCGGGGACCUGGCCAUUAAGCAGCUUCAGUACCUCAGACCUGUGGUGGUUCUGGGUAGACCCGUGUCCACCCCCGCCCCGCCGGACCUCUUCCCAUCAGACACCAAGAACAGCAAACUGCUUCUUGGAAGUUAGUUUAACUGAACACCUUUUUAACAUAGCUAUGUCAAAUUACUUUGUAUUUUCAUGAGCUGUGUACCAGUAUUUUUCUUUCUCCCCAAAUUAUAGUAUUACAUUUCUUUGUUUGUAUUUUAAUUUGCCAAACUCAAGCGUUAAAGGAUUUAGCGUUAAGAUGAAAUCAAGCUCAAACGGUGCACUUGAGACCCAAGUGGAUUGUUUUUCUUAGACAUCUAUUACAAAAGCAAUCAUGUAACACCUGUUAUGUUAACUCUUGAAGUGUAUAUAAUGUAGUUCUCAAAGAUAAAUGUACAGAUUUUCAGAUUGUUAGAAAUGGUCAGUAGCGUAUUGCAAGGCCUUUUCAGUUGUGUGAAAAUGUGACUGAAAAACAUUUCCCUACUACAGAGUUCUUGAGGAAUGUUUGGUUAUUUUUCACCUCGGUUUAUAUUAAAAAUCAGUGUUGGGAUGCAGUGGAAAGGUGUUGACUGACAUGUAUGUAACACUUUCUAAUAAAAAUAAAUGUGGAAACAAAUUAAAAGCUCCCCUCUUUGCAAACAAGUAACCUCUUUUUGGUCGUGUGGAAUAGUCAGAGUGAACUGGCAUCUUUACUAGCCAUUUGCUAAAUUGAAACAUACACCAAUGCAUAAUCUUAAAAUCACCUGUUAUGAGGUACUAUUGGGGGGGAGGAAAUGUUUCCUUGUGACAAUUUCAAGUGGUUAUUAUUAUGGAUGUACAGGUAACAUUUUUAUUUAGGACCAAAAGUGACAAUGUUUCUCUGCUUUGUUGGUUUUCAAGAGUGAAACAGAAACAUAUGAUGGUACAGGAACAACAUGAUGCCAGACUUGUCAGAUUAGUAAAUUAAGUUUUUAUUAAUAUUUUAAUGGAGUAAGAUUAUUUUAUGCUAAGCAACAUACUUAACUAAUGAAAGGGCUGGAAGGGGGUUUUUAAAUAGCUACUUUUGACUCAGAGACUGCCAAUUGAAUAGUUCUGCUCUGGGGCUUUAAU